UUUUGGUGGAGACAAAAAAAAAGAUAGAGAGCGUUAAAAAUGUCUGGAGCGCAAGGAGCAGAGCCGAUGGGAUCAAAGACGGCGACGACGUACGAGUCGGUGGAAGGAGGACAGAACAAGACAAAGCUUGAUAUAAGGUCAAAGGAAGACGAAGGUGGAAUUCAAGUUGAUAAGCACCAAGAGAAGGUCACCGAUGCUGCUGGUCUAGGCGGACCUGUCUUUGGCGCUGGUAAAGACGACAAGAAGCAGGAUCUUGGUGUUACCGGCACUGGCUAGGUCUGUGGUUUUGUAAUGUAGAAUAUGAAUGCGUAUACGUGGGGGAUCUCUUCUUGUCAUGUAAUCAAUCAAUAAAGUAAUAUCUCACUCUUGGUAUCAAAAA